CAUAGGAGUACAGGGCCAAGCCCAUGAAUCAACGUCUCUACACAUGAAAACGGGUUGUAAAUUAAAGCCUCGAAAAGCCCUAAAAAUAUUCUAAAACCCUGAUAGGUUUCAUAAACCAUUCUCCGUUCACUCGUGACUAUCACUAUCUUCACUCUGCUACUGCUAAAAAUGGCGUCCGUGGCUGUCAGAAAUCCCAACGCGAAGCGCGUCUUGACACUGUCUCCGAGAAUUUGCUCGCCGUGCUGCCGUGGAUCCGCCGUCUCCGCGCCGCCGUCCGCCCUUGAAUCGCCGAUCCCUUCGGUUCAGGCUCCGAACCCUUGGUGGAGAUCCAUGGCCACCUUCACUCGAACAAAACCCCACGUGAAUGUGGGAACAAUUGGGCAUGUUGAUCAUGGGAAGACCACCCUAACUGCAGCAAUCACUAAGGUCUUAGCAGAAGAAGGUAAGGCAAAAGCUGUUGCCUUUGAUGAAAUUGAUAAAGCACCUGAGGAGAAAAAGAGAGGGAUUACAAUUGCCACGGCACAUGUAGAAUAUGAAACUGCAAAGAGGCAUUACGCUCAUGUAGAUUGCCCUGGGCAUGCUGAUUAUGUUAAAAACAUGAUUACUGGAGCUGCUCAGAUGGAUGGUGGUAUUCUUGUUGUAUCUGCCCCAGACGGACCAAUGCCGCAAACUAAGGAACACAUUUUACUUGCUCGCCAGGUGGGUGUGCCCUCAUUGGUGUGUUUCCUCAACAAAGUUGAUGCUGUUGAUGACCCGGAGCUUCUUGAACUUGUGGAAAUGGAGCUGCGAGAAUUGCUUAGCUUUUAUAAGUUCCCUGGUGAUGACAUUCCUAUUGUCCGAGGAUCGGCUUUAUCUGCUUUGGAGGGUUCAAACGAAGAUAUUGGAAAGAAGGCUAUCUUAAAGCUAAUGGAAGCUGUAGAUUCAUACAUUCCAGAUCCCGUACGUCAACUUGAUAAACCCUUUUUGAUGCCAGUUGAAGAUGUGUUCACCAUUCAGAUUGAUUUCUUGAACAUCGUGGUCACAGAAUAUUUAUUCUGUCGAAUGGUGCUGAGAUAUGGGCGUGGUACAGUUGCAACGGGCCGUGUGGAGCAGGGUAUAAUCAAACCUGGGGAAGAAGUUGAAAUUUUGGGACUUUCACAGACCAAACUUAAAACCACAGUAACUGGCGUUGAAAUGUUCAAGAAAACUUUGGAUUUUGGCCAGGCUGGCGACAAUGUUGGUUUGCUUCUACGAGGCUUGAAACGUGAUGAGAUCCAACGAGGAAUGGUAAUUGCAAAAACUGGUACUCUUAAAACAUACACGAAAUUCGAGGCAGAGAUAUAUGUCCUCACGAAAGAGGAAGGUGGGCGCCACACGGCCUUCUUCUCGAAUUAUAGACCUCAAUUCUACAUGAGGACCGCUGAUGUCACCGGUAAAGUCGAGUUGCCUGAAAACGUGAAGAUGGUUAUGCCCGGAGACAAUGUGACAGCUGUUUUCGAUCUUAUCUAUCCUGUUCCUCUUGAAGCAGGACAAAGAUUUGCCCUGAGGGAGGGUGGCCGAACUGUGGGUGCUGGAGUAGUUUCGAAAGUCAUUAUUAUAAAUAGAGAUCACGUUUUUUUCCCUUCUCUGCAAACGUAUUCUCUCUCUCUAAAAGCUCCGACCGUCGCCGGAACCCUAGAAAUAGAGGAGCCCAUCUCGUCGAUUUUCCUUUCCAACGGAAAAACGCGCGAUUUCCUCACCUUCGGCUCGAUCAAAGACCUCAAUUCACCUGGUCGAAACCCUAGGAUGUUUACUCACCGCCGAUUUCCCGUGGUCUUCCGCCUGUCCAAUUAUUUUCCGAUUUCACCAGAACUACCGUGGAUGGUCGGAAUGGGUAGGGUUUACCAGGAGACGGUGAGGGCCUCUUCUUCCUCCGCGUCUCCAUCUUCGCCGGCCGUGACAACCUCGACGUCAGUAACAGAGACCGUCAAUGGUUCUCACGAGUUUAAGAUAACAGGCUAUUCGCUGUCGAAGGGAAUGGGAAUCGGGAAGUAUAUUGCAUCUGAUACGUUCAUGGUUGGCGGCUAUACGUGGGCGAUUUAUUUUUAUCCUGAUGGGAAGAGCGUGGAGGAUAAUGCUACAUAUGUUUCGCUUUUCAUUGCUUUAGCUAGUGAAGGCACGGACGUAAGGGCGCUCUUUGAGCUGACCCUUUUGGAUCAAAGUGGCAGGGUGAGGCACAAGGUUCAUAGCCAUUUCGCUAGAGCAUUGGAGAGCGGGCCCUACACUCUUAAAUACCGAGGCAGCAUGGGUUACAAACGUUUUUACAAAAGAUCUUCCCUGGAAACAUCUGAUUACCUGAAAGAUGAUUGCCUUCAUGUUCGUUGCUGUGUUGGUGUAGUUAGAUCUCACACAGAGGGACCUAAGAUCUACUCGAUAACAGUGCCUCCUUCAGAUAUUGGUCAGCAUUUUGGGCAGUUGCUGGAAAGUGGAAAAGGCACUGAUGUAAAUUUUGAAGUUGACGGAGAAACAAUUUCUGCUCACAAGUUGGUUCUUGCUGCUCGUUCACCAGUAUUCAGAGCUCAACUAUAUGGUCCAAUGAAGGAUCACAAUACACAGCAUAUAAAGAUUGAUGAUGUGGAGCCACCUGUUUUUAAGUACCUUAAAGAAAGCUGCCCGAACUUGCUGACCGAGUUAUUGGAGUAUGUUGCGAGGAUCCAUGAGCACUCGAUUAUCGAGAAGCAAGGAAUUGACUGUGUAAUGGACGGAAGUGAUGCCAACGCAUCCCACGUGAAAUAUAUUGACCCUUACAAAAUAGGGUUUAAUCUCGCGUUUUGUCUUGCUUCGUUUUCGCAGUUGUUCUUCUCGUACUUCAAGGAUUUGGUGGGGAGAGAAGUUACGGUGGAAUUGAAGAACGAUUUGGCGAUAAGGGGAACCCUUCAUUCGGUGGAUCAGUAUCUCAACAUUAAGUUGGAGAAUACGAGGGUUGUUGAUCAAGACAAGUACCCCCACAUGAUUGAAGGAGGUCAAAUGUUUAUGAAGGCACCCGUCACGUGUAGGCAUAUUCGUAACUGCUUCAUAAGAGGAUCGGUUGUGAGGUAUGUCCAACUGCCGCCAGAGGGAGUUGAUGUCGAGCUGCUUCACGAUGCAACUAGAAGAGAAGCU